AUGGUGUUAUCGGUUGCCGUGGAAGCACCUGUGCCACGCUUUAAUCAUGAAUCUACCGUUGUUGGGAACAAGAUGAUCGUGGUUGGUGGUGGAUUUGUGAACGAAAUUUUAGAUGAUGUGCAGGUUCUUAAUUUCAAUUCUUUUUCUUGGACCAUAGCAUCAUCAAAGCUUUACUUGUCACCUAGUAAUCUUCCACUUAAAAUUCCUUCAUGCAAAGGCCACGUUUUGGUUUCAUGGGGAAAGAAAACCCUCUUGAUUGGAGACCAAGCUGACACUAGACAAAGGGGAAGCAACCAAGUCGCUGUCUCUCUUUUGACCAACCUCGCACGCGUCGCUUCCGGUCUCGGUGCGGCCGCCAGUAUCCUUGGCGCUUCCACGUACACCGUUGAUGGUGGUCAAAGAGCUGUUGGAAGGGAGGUCUUGAAGGAUGUGGUUGCACAGUUCAAUGCAGAUCAGCUUCUCACCGAGAGUCCCCAAGGUCAAGACCACGAGCACAUGCUGAAGCAAAAGAUGUUGGUGCUUGAAGGGAAGGACUGUAUCAUUUUCUGGGCAGCUUGGGAUGGUGAAAAUCCCAUAUUCCUUGCUCCGGCUCAUCACUCGAAGUUGCCCACCAAGUGUUAUAAACGGGGUCAUUCUGAUGAACUUGAAUCCCACUAUGUUGCUGCCCCGGAGAUUAAUUCAUCAGGGAACUCCGAGAAUUGGAUGGUGUUGUCAGUUGCCGUGGAAGCACCUGUGCCACGCUUUAAUCAUGCAUCUACCGUUGUUGGGAACAAGAUGAUCGUGGUUGGUGGUGGAUUUGUGAACGAAAUUUUAGAUGAUGUGCAGGCCACGUUCUAG